CCUUUGGGCUUUGGUUUCGGGAAUAAAUCAAUAGUGGUACCGCGCUUUUAAAAUGCCGCUACCUAGCAGUCUGGUGGUGGGCACAAGAAAACCAUCCGGCAUUUUUCUCACUCCAACUGUGCACAUAAAACCAACCAACAAACCAACAGUUUCUAUUACAGUAGUUAGUCUACUAGUCCACUAGUAGUCUACCAUGAGUUCGUCUCCCGUUGCUCGCAAGUCUUCUGGAUCUGCAGUCCUUUCACCUCCUGCAAGUCCUGGAUCUCCCCGUGGCUCUUCUUCACCUCCUCCAUCUCCUGGUCAACGCCGUGGGUAUCUGGUCAUCUGUUCCCUAUUGACGCUAUUGACGGUCUUGAUGCCAUCCCAGCAGACCAUUGCACACACUAGUAGUCUUGUGGGUGGUGAGAUCAAGAAGGAUGUCACCAAUGGCAAUGGAACUACCAGUACUAAUAGCAGUGGAAUACCUGGAAUACCACUACCAGUGACUCUUCAAGGACCAGAAGAUGUUCAUGCUGAUCAAAUCAGUGUCACUUCAGAUGCUACUGAUGCUACCCCCAAUCUACGUAGUUCUCCUGAAGUUGCUACAGUGGACAAGACUAUUGCUGCCAAGACACAGGAGGAAGCUGAAGACAAAAACACAGAUGCAGUCAUUCCAGGAUCCAUUUCUCUCGUCACCAGUUUCUGGGCUCAGUCUCCGGAAGAAGAAGUCUCUCCGCAUCGACGAGAGAUUGAAGAAUCCCUGCUCAAUAACAUUCACAAUCCACACAUUCAUCAAGUUGUCAUUAUCCUCGAUGGAUCGUCCGAAAAUGCCAAUUGCUCACAUUUCAAAACCAGAAUGGAACAAUUGGAACAGGAAUUCAAUACUUUCAUGAAUUUGGAUGAUAACAUGAACAGUCCCGAAUACCAAGCUAGAAAACGACCCCUGCUCACAUGUGUCCAUCGAGCCGACACACAACCCUUUUAUUACGAAAUGUUCCAAUACGCCACCAACCCCGACAUUGUCAAGAGCGAUAUCGUUAUUGUCGCCAAUGCCGAUCAAGCGUUUGAUGAAUCCGUUGCCACGGCAUCCCGGCUCAAACACAAUAUCGUAUUGGCACUUCCCACUUCCGGCUUUGACAAGGAUCGGGUUCCCUCUCCGACACGCGAUCAUUUUGCCAAACUCCACGGUACCACCGCGCCGGCAUAUGCCAAUGGCAGUGCCAAUCGAUGUCGACACAAAAUGCUAUCGUGGGAUGGAUACGCCUUUCAUCGGACCCUGCUGGCCGGUCAUCUCAAACCGGAAUUCUUUCAACGACCUUCUGUGCAAGGAAAUGCCUUUUUCAAAAUGAACGAAGUCGGUGGUGAAAAUGCCGCACUCUGGGGACUCCAACAAUCCCAACGGCACGCCAAAUAUAUCAAAACGUGCGAGGUCAUGCACUUGUGGCAUUUUCACGGAGCGCCCAAAAUGCACGCCCAUAACAAGAAAGGACUGUAUUGGUUGGAUCGCGAAGGCAAGGUACCCAAACCGUGGUUGGUGCCCACGCGAUUCGGUGCCGACGAUACCAGUUAUUUGUAUUAGAUACCAGUUAUUUGUAUUAGAACAGAUCUAGACUAGCUACGGCGCUGUAGCUAGCUAGCUAGAGAAGUCAAGUGGGUGGAAGUUGAGGGAACGAACGAACAAAAAGAAAGAAGGAAGAAUAGAAUAUCACACCAAACAUAAACGAAUGAAUAAUCACAGUGUUCGCUCUUUUCUAGAGAGUGUUGCAAUCAUUGCUUGUGGAGCACUUUUGCUCCGGUUGUGGCAACCGCUGGCUAGUCGGUGUCUACUAUCAGACCGGUAGACUGCAGUUUUUGCUCUUAUGGUACCAGUUGCGGCGCACCACUACCACGUGUAAUACCGUACCUGGUACGUACCUUGGCGGAGAGACUCGACUCGAUGCUUGCACUGAAACUAUAAGAGCUAAAGAGAAAGUUCAAUCAGCAUGCUUGCACGGAAACAACAAAAAACGACUACGAGUACUCCAGCAAACCAGUCCACCGAACU